AUGAUGUUUUCUCUUCAAAACAGAACACCUACAGAUGAACUUCAAAAAUUAUUUGAUUCAGUAACUAAAGAAAUUAAUUCUAUUAAUUUAAUUGAUAAAUCAAAUUAUUAUUACCCACAGCAUACUAAAAUUAUGGAAAUUGUUUCAAUCCAAGAAGGUACUUUAACAGUAAAAUCAGAGUUUUGUAUUAAUGAAGAUUGUUAUAUUUAUUUAUACAUUCAUGGAGAACAUUCUUAUUUUCAAUAUACAACAAUUAAAAGUAAUAAUUCUCAAGUAAUUCUUUCAACUUUUAAAUUAUCACAAGAAUUUGGUAAUAUUGAUAUUAAAUUCUUUUGUGGUAAUCAUGAAAUUUAUCAAAUUUUAAAUGUACCUUUAACUGAAAAUAAAGAAAUUCUUUAUACUAUUAAUGAAGAUACUAUCAUUCUCACUUUUAAAAAACAUUCUAUUACUUCUGGUAAUAUACUUCGCUUUUAUAAAGCUAAUGACUGCUUAAAUGAUUCUCCAGUUGUUAAAGAAAUUAAAUUAUUUGAAGGAACAAUUAAAAUGGGAAUUUCUUUUCCUCAUGGUAAAUACGUAAUGAAAUGGUUUGAAGAAGACAUUCAUAAACAUUAUACUCCAUAUCAUUCUUCAAUUGAAUUUUUGAUUUAUCUUCAUUUUCACUUAUUAAAAUUAUUUAAAAAAAAUUAA